AUGCAGCCCAUUGAGGAUGUGGAUUCUGCGAUUUCGCGAGUGCUCCAGGGUCUGACGGAUUCGGCAGCUUUGACUUUAGACUCAGAUCUUAGCGAGUCAGGGCUGGAUUCUCUGGGAGCUGCAGAGCUGUCAAUACAGUUGUCUAAUGUCCUCGGCAUCAAGCUUCCAGCCACCGUGUCUGCAACUGCUAAGUCCGAGAGGGAGUUGCGGCGAUAUGUGCGGGAAGAGCUUGCGGCGCAGAGGGAUGUAUCCGAAGCCGGAGUUCCGGAGGCUACUGGUAGCAAAUUACCAAUCCUUGUCGUGGGCGCCGGGGUGGGUGGUGUAGCCUUUGCGCAACAGCUGGUCCGAGCGAGCGAGACCGUUGUUGUCAUGGAGAAAGGGGCUGCCGCGGGUGGUUCCUGGACCCUUGGCAACCUGUCUUCAAAGUUGCAGAUUGAUGCUCCCUCCUAUAUGCUGAACUAUGAUUCCCCUCGUGCAUGGGGGGUCACCUACCCGAGCAAGCAGAAGGUCUUGGAUGAGGUGCGUGAGGCAGCCAACAGCCUGGAUCUGAGACUGAGCCAUGAAGUAACAUCUCUUUCAAAGGUUCAGCCAGGCGAGUACCGUGUGAAGUUCACCGAUGCAUCCAAGAAGCAGCAUGAGUUGACCGUCGGCGGCGUUGCCUUCUUCUUGGGUGGGCUGCACGCCGCAAAUGACGUCGUCUAUCCCGGCGAGGAUGGCUUCGCAGGGACGAUCGGCCUUGGCCACGGUGAUGAUGUGCGGCCCGAAGCUUUCAAGGAUCAGGAGGUGCUGAUCGUUGGGCAUGGUGCCUUUGCUAUUGAGAACAUGCGAACGGCCUUGCAGAAUGGCGCGAAAUCUGUGACCAUAGUUGCCCGGCGGCGGAACAUUGUUUUUCCCAGCGUGGUGAAUUGGCUCAUCAACUCGGUCAAUGGCACGCUCGAGAUUCGCAAGAUCCGGCCUGUCUUGGAGAAGUUCUACCAGGUGGCUGGUAUCACUCUCGACCAGCUCCCGGCCCUUCAGGGCGAUUCCAUCGACUUCCGAAUCCCAGCCUGCUCCGACAUCUAUUUCUUGGCGCAGGCGAUGGGCGCGCUGAGAGUCGUGAUCGGUGAAGUGACGCGCCUCGAGAGCACCUGUGCCGUUGUGGAUGUUUUCGACGAAGAUGGGGGAACUCGAGUUGAGCAUCUUCCUUGCCAGGUCGUCUUGAAGUGCCUUGGAUUUCAUCGCCACGACUUGGUGCAGAAGAUCUUCGGGAGGCCCGUGGAGCGGAAGGCGAGCUUCUGGCUCGACGGAGACCCGAACUUGGUUGCCAAUGACCAGUUCCAGGUGCCCGAACGUGUGAACUCGCUGCUCUGCCCCAGCUACCCCUUCUACGUGCAAGCCUUUGCCAAAGCUUUCCUGCACUAUCGCAAGGACCCGCAGGCACUUGCCAGGUUGUCCUUCACGCCGGGUGUCGAUAUCAACAUUAUGUGGGAGCACUUCAAAGAGAGGAAGGUGAAGGUGUCGGAUGUAACAAGAGAGCAGCUGCCUUUCUGCGAUUUCGUUCGUCAUCGUCGGACCGAGUGGGAAGAGAACGCUCUCAUCUUGCGAGAGAGGCAAGAUGGUGCCAACAGCCUGCAGCCGCCGGACUUUGACAGGUUGCUGCGGCCGGCCGGUGCGAUUGUUGCUCGCCUGUGGCCAAGUGCCCCACAAGAUUUCGCUGGUAUCUUGGCAGUUCCGCGUCGUCCACGGGUCUUGUUCUUUCACGGAGAGAAGACGAACCGAGAAGUGGCCAUGAGACUGCUCCAGGCCACGGGUUGGUGGCAACAAGCAGACUUUGUGGUGCCAGAUGGCCCCCAUGCGGUUAGUGCCGACGAGGAUCCGGAACAACUUGAACGCGUGGGCUUGACACAGCUGGUGCGCGAAGGAUGGUACCGCCCUGGAGAGACCUAUAAGGAGUGGUGUGCCAAUUUCGGCAUUUUCUACGACCUCCACAUGGGGACACGAACACGAACACCAAGAGGGGCAUUGAACACCCAAGAGGCGCAGAUGGAACACGACCGCUACGAGGAGGCCUUUGCAUACCUCACGAAGGUCGCACACAAUCACGGCCCCUUCGAUGCUGUGGCAGGCUUCUGCCAAGGAGCAGCAUUUGCCCAUGCAGCCAUCUUCGUGCAAAGAGCCGGGAAGAGAGAUCUUGGACUUGGAGGGGUGCGGAUGAUGAUUGCCAUGGCGCCCUGGAAGUGCCCAUACCACGACGACCUUGGCUUCUUCAACACUCGGCUCGACAUGCCCUUGCUGUUGUUGCAUGGAAGCCAGGAUUUGCAGAUGUUCAAAGACGCCGUCGGGCCUUUCCGAGAGCUUUGCCAGCGAUUGCGUCACAACUCAGGAGUUCGAUGGCAAGCAUGCUUAUCCAUCACUGAGCCGUUCUUCCAAACUUCAAGAUGUGGCUGA